AUGCAAUCUAAAUCAAAUCAUGUCACGACCACGAGGGCAAAGAAACGACGCGCACUAGCCCGCAAGAACAAAUCGAAAAUUCGACGAACCAUAGUUCGUGCUGUAUCGAGCACCAACAAUAACAAUAUUAAGCAGAUAUUUAACAUUAAAUUUGCUAUCCGCUAUCCAAAAUACUCAGACUUUAAUAGUAUUAAACGGUUUUUACUACAACUUUUCUUAAAAGUCAAAGUUGAUCUACCUGAUAUGUCUUCAGAAUUGAUUAAACAAUCCAACAUUAGCAUAGUGAUUAAGCAAGCUUUUGACAGCGUGAAAUGUAAAGAUAAUUUGAAUACUUCUUACAACCAAGUAUUUGGAAUAUCUUCAAUUAUCAAUAUUACACAGCAGAGAAGUGAAAGUAUAGCAAAUGUACACAACUUAAUGUUGAUCUUGAGUGAAAAACAUGGUGAUAAUGGCACAAUGCAAUUUGUAAAUAAAUUGUUGAGUGAUGAUAAAAAUCAAGUUGGAUUUUUGAUAAACGAAAGAUACUUAAACAUACCUCCAUCUAUAUCCGGGCCAUUAUUUCGGAUCAUUUGCAAGGAAUUGUCCAAUAAAAGAACUGAGAACCCAUUAAAUAAUUUUGCUUAUUUGUUUAUGAUAUGCAAACUGUACAAAGUGGAGAAAAGUAAGAAGGGAAACAUAUAUGUUGAAGGCUCGCAAAUAUUAUGGAGAAAUGCAGAAGAGCAGUUCUUUGACAUAGUAGCAGAUUACAAGUUCGAAUAUUGUGUACAAAGUGAGAAUUGUACUGACCCAGCAGGAAAGUGGGUAGAACUCAAUAAUUCCAGAAUGAUUCCUUUUAGACGUGUGCUGAUUUUCUCAAUGAACAAAUUCUUUUUGGUAACUAAGAAACUGGAAUCUUUGUCGGCGCCUAAAGUUAUUAAACGUCACAGUGCAUACAGUCCUGAUUAAUGAUCAGCUUGUUUAUCUUCACGAAUCAUG